UCCUUUCUAAGCACGUUAUUUUUAUAUUAACAAAGAAAAUAGUUUAUUGUGUUCAUUGAUAUAAAUGUGGGCAACAGUGAGGCUGUCACAUGGUAAAGACGCAGGAGCUGGUAUCUUUUUUCUGAUUGGCUCCUCUCAACGUGAGGUCGUCUGACGCCUAACCGUGAACAGGAAGAGCUUGUAAUGUCAGUGAGGUGCACACCGCUCAGGGAGAAAUGGCAGAAACAAGCCUGGGUGCCUUCCGUGUGGUGAAGACCCUCCUCGGAGGUACAACAGCUGGUUUUGUGUUCGGACAAGCUGCCUCAUAUGCAGUCAAGCCCUCUCUGACUGAAGACGUCACUCUGCUGAACGCUGCCACUCGAGCUGCUGGACGUGCUGGUUCAACCGGUGUAGCGGUCGUGGCAGCAUGCCUCAUGUUUACAUCAGCACUCCUUUCUCUUGGACUGGGUUUCCUCCUCAGUGCCAUGGUGCUGAAGCUGCUCAAUAAAGCAGGUGUGACCCUGCCUUGGUUGAUAGGAGCCAUGUCCGGGGCAUCAGUCGCAUUGGGUGCAGUCGUCACCGGAGGGUUGGAGGGUAUCAUACCACCUUGGAUCUACAUCAUGGUUCAGGGCACUCUGGUUCUUAUCGUGUACUCAUACUCCAACAUCAAUGACAUGACAACAGCUCUGUUAAUCAUCUUCACCACUCUGUACGCCAGUGUUAUAUUUGGACGAUUGGGCGCCAUUCUUGGGUUCUUCUGUAUGGGACUGAGCAUUAUCGUUCUCUUUGCUCUACGACGAACUCUAACAGCAAGGUCACCACCAAAACCAGAAUCUAAAACCAGGUGCAAAUUGUUGGAGAGGAUCUUCUUCUACUCUGUUUUUGUGGCAAUUUGGGGGUUUUUUGUUGGUUUGGGUUCAGGUGGGGCAGAAGAAGGCACAAAAACACAAGUGAUUUUAAUGCUACAAUCAGUCCUUUGGGUGGGAUUUCUGUCUGUGGGACUGUUGGGGGCUGGCCUGGGAACUGUGGCCACGGUUGGACUGGGGCCAGAGGUGGCUGGAAAGGUUGGUGUGGGAGCUGUGGUAGUAACAUCAAUAGCUUUGAAAGCUGUUGUACUUUUGAGCUCUGCUCUAGGACUGAGAAGCUGCUCCGGAGCAGCUUUAGGAGCAACUACAGCUGCAGGAGUGUCACUGGGUGCUGCGAGUGUUGCAGCAAAGCAAACAUUUAGGUCUAGGAAUUCAACAUUGGUACUUUUAGGUUCCGUUAUCUUGGGUGUACUUGUAGCCCUCAAGGUUCCAGGACUGACAUCAACACAGCUGACAACAUCUGAACUGAUAACAGUGACAUUCACUGCAGUAGGGGCAUUCAUCUUGGGUGCACCAAAGAGCCCAUUCCACACUAAGGUGAAUCUACAGCAGGGGCUUCUCACAGGAAUGGAGCUAAUUAAAGGAAUCGGCAUGGAGACGGUCACUGCAGCAGCGGCGCCUAUUGGAGCCGGAGCUCUGGGGGCCGCAGCAUUAGGCACGGCAGCUCUGGGGACGCUGGGGACCGUAGGAGUUCUGGUGGCUAUAGUGCUGGCUUUGGGAAGCGCUCUCAGUGGUAUGCUAGGAAAAUCACCAUCAACAACCAACACACACAGAGACUGAAUGACAACUGAGUUUACAUCUGUUUCUACAACUGGAGUCAAACUCCAGCAUGUUGCUGCUGCUGGUGUUUUUCCAACAAAGAGGAAUGAUAAUAUUUUUUGUUUUGUGUAGAUAUUUUGUAUUUGUGUCUCAUAAGAACCAUAUAGUUUUGUCCACCAGUAAACAUUGGUAUUUGUGUCCUUUUCAGGACUUAAAUUAUUUUCUGUAACAUGAUGGAGAAUUAAUAAAAACCCUUUUUUUUGUCAUAUGGCUUAAUGAGACCCCCUCUUCUGUCUUUUUCUCACUUCUGCGCACAUCACAUUUCCCAAGACAUGACUGUGAGACUUUAGUGUCAUCUUAACAACAGUACCAGAGGAUUAGCUGUUUACCAGUGGGAGAUGUUAGGGGUGGGAGGUAACACAGGACUUAUCGGAGCACAGAAGAGCACCAGAGAAGUGAUUCUGGUUUUUAGAUACAACCUUGUAAUGCCGUUUAACCAUUUUGAACAUGCAUUACUUUCACAUUGGUAGCUGCACAUGGCUCCUUUCUACUGCAAAUUCAACAGGAUUUGGAUUCUGCAGGCCAUAUUUUCACUAUGAAGUUUUAGCUUGUGAAGAACAAGAAUAAUCAAAUGAACCUAAAUGUCAUAAAAGGUAAGAACCUUUCAUGAUGCGUUUAUAUUCACCCAGGGACUGAUUUUUUUUUUUUUCUUUUCAUACAUUUGAUGGAAACUUUUGCAUCUUUUCAAAGGAUUUUACAAUACAUUUGGGAAUACCGUCGGAGAAACCAAAUGGAUUACCUUUAAAUGAACAGCAUGUCUGUGGACCGUGUCAAUACAACAAACACAGAGCACUCCACCGAGUGCUCUGCAGAGUAUUCAGGACCGGCUCCCAGUGAUCCGAGCCAUACCCGGGAUGUGGCUGUCCUCCAGUCUGGCUGCUGCCGCUGCCUGCCCCGGUCAUUGCGACUUACCUUUACCCCUAGGUCCUUGGAGAGCCUUUACCAGAACUACUUUCGUAGGCAGAGAGAAGAGAACCUGCUGGUCUUGGUGUUAUUUGCAGCCCUCUUCAACAGCUUCAUUAUCAUUAUGUGUGCGGUGGUGUACACCGAGGACAAGCUGGCCAUGGUGGUGGUCGCCGUUGUGGGGCUGGCAGUGGAUGUAGUUCUCUACCUGCUCUGCUGGUUCCAAAAACUCCCUACAUCCCCUAUGGCAAGAAGAGCGGUGCCAUAUGUGCUGUGGCUGAUGGUCACCAUCCAUGUCUUAUGUUAUAUGGGACUGAACUUCAAGCGAUUCUCUGAUGCAAGCGACUCUGUGGGCUGGCAGGCUUUCUUCAGUUUCUCCAGCUUUUUGACUUUACCGCUGAAUUUGGUGCCCCUUGUCCUCCUCGCAACGCUCUCCUCUGGGAUACACACCCUGACACUGGGGGUCACCGUGGCUCAAAGGUUUGGGGAUAAUCUUCAAGGGGCCAUGCUGGUGAGACAGCUGCUGGCCAAUGUGAUGCUGUACCUGUGUGCAGCCAUGGUGGGUGUGAUGUCAUUUUACAUGGCCGACAGGAAGUACAGAACAGCGUUUUUGGAAGCUCGUCAGUCUCUGCAGGUUAAACUGACUCUGGAGGACCAGAGCACCCAGCAGGAGGAACUGUUGCUCUCCAUCCUGCCAAAGCAUAUUGCAGAUGAGAUGCUGCAGGGCAUGAAGAACCAGGCCAAUCAGAACGAGGUCCAGCAGCAGCAGCAGUUCAACACCAUGUACAUGUACCGCCAUGAAAACGUCAGUAUACUGUUUGCAGACAUUGUGGGCUUCACCCAGUUAUCCUCAGCCUGUAGUGCACAAGAGCUGGUAAAGCUGCUCAAUGAACUGUUUGCCCGCUUCGAUAAACUGGCCUCACAACAUCACCAACUGAGAAUUAAGAUUCUUGGAGACUGUUACUACUGCAUCUGUGGUCUGCCAGACUUCAGGGAAGACCAUGCUGUUUGCUCUAUAAUGAUGGGCCUUUCAAUGGUGGAAGCUAUUUCGUAUGUGCGUGAAAAGACAAAAACCGACGUGGACAUGCGCGUGGGUGUUCACACAGGCACUGUGCUCGGUGGCGUCCUCGGUCAGAAGCGUUGGCAGUUUGAUGUUUGGUCAACAGAUGUCACUGUGGCCAAUAAGAUGGAGUCUGGAGGAAUCCCUGGGAGAGUGCACAUUUCCCAGAGCACUAAGGACAGUCUGCAUGGGGAAUUUGAGGUUGAGCCUGGAAAUGGAGCAGAGAGGUGUGAGUACCUGCUGGAGAAAGGAAUUGACACUUACCUGGUUCUCAAACCCAAAGAGGAAGCAAAUGGACUCAAUGGAACCACACCUGGGACACUGACCAGCAGAAAUUCAAAUCAGGUGAUCAAUACAACAAUAACCAAUGGGAGCACAGUCUCCCCUCAGUCAAUGCUGACUAGCCCUAAACAGGAGAGAAAUAAAAUGGCUGAUGAACAAGCUAUCAACAGACGACUGCAGCAGGAACUUCUGGACAGAGAGUCUCAGCAAAUAAUGAAGGAUCAAAUCAAUCCCGUUUCACUGCGGUUUGUGGAUGGAAAGUUGGAGGAGCACUACUCCUCAGAGAAGGAGAAGAGAAGUGGUGCGGCCUUCAGCUGCUGUGUCAUUGUGCUCUUUUUCAUCACAGCAAUGGAAGUGUUUAUUGACCCGUUGUUGGUUGUGAACUACGUGACUCUCGCUGUUGGGCAGCUGUUGUUGCUUAUUCUCACAGUUUGCUCCCUAGCUGCAAUCUUUCCUAGGAUGUUCUCUAAAAGGUUGGUUUCCUUCUCAAUGUGGAUCGACCGCACGCGGUGGGCUCGGAACACGUGGGCCAUGGCAGCCAUAUUUGUUCUAACCAUGGCCGUAAUAGCCGACAUGCUAAGUUGUGUCCCACCUUCACUGAGGCUCUUUAACAGUACCUUUGGCCCGAUGCUGGAGUCUCUUGGCGACCGAGGCUGUGCAGAAAAUCCAAAGUAUUACAGCUUCAUGGCUGUGAUGUCACUCAUCGCAACCGCCAUGUUGGUUCAGGUCAGCCACCUGAUCAAACUGGGCCUCAUGGUGUUAGUUGUCACAGCAACAGGAGCAGUAAAUAUCUACAGCUGGAGUGACCUAUACGACUUGUAUGAUUUUAUACAGUUUGCCUCCUACAGAACAUCCAUAGUGCCAUCAAAGUAUCUCAUGACAAUGAUGAUUAUUAUCAUGAUGAUAAGCUUUUACUUCUUUGCUCGCCAUCUGGAGCGUCAGUCGAGGAAGCUGUUCUUGUGGAAGAUUGGGGUUCAUGACCAGAAGGAGAGGGUGUUCGAGAUGAGGCGCUGGAACGAGGCACUGGUGACCAACAUGCUGCCAGAGCAUGUGGCCAAACACUUUCUGGGUACUAAAAUGAGAGAUGAGGAGCUGUACAGUCAGUCUUAUGAUGAAAUUGGUGUGAUGUUUGCCUCCAUUCCAAACUUUUCUGAUUUCUACACUGAAGAGGGCAUCAACAACGGAGGCAUCGAGUGUCUCAGGAUCCUCAAUGAAAUCAUUUCCGAUUUUGACAGUUUAUUGGACCGAGAUGAGUUCAGGUGUAUCACAAAGAUCAAGACGAUAGGAAGCACAUACAUGGCUGCCUCUGGACUAACGCCCGAAAGCAACACCAACGGAUAUGGCAGCCGAAAGCCAGAAGACCAGUCGCUCAUUGAACGCUGGCAGCACCUGUCUGGGCUGGCAGAUUUUGCCCUGGCCAUGAAGGUCACUCUUGAUAACCUCAACAAGCAAUCCUUCAACAACUUCAUGCUACGGAUUGGUUUGAAUAAAGGAGCUGUUCUGGCUGGAGUAAUUGGAGCCCGUAAACCUCACUAUGACAUCUGGGGUAACACAGUCAAUGUGGCCAGUAGAAUGGAGUCAACUGGAGUGAUGGGCAACAUCCAGGUGGUGGAGGACUGCUAUGACAUCCUGAAGGAAUAUGGCUUCCGCUUCAUUCGAAGAGGGCCCAUAUUUGUCAAGGGAAAAGGAGAGCUGCUUACCUUUUUCAUGAAAGGGAAAGACAAGUCUAGAGGCAAAGCAGGUCCGGGAACAACUGCUCUUCCGCACCAAGUAGAGGACCUUUCCUGACUUUUUUCACCUGCAUAUUUCAAUUAACAUGCAAACCGAUUUCAGGGCAAUAAUAGCUUUGCUCCACUUUUCUUGUACACAGUUGUUUUUCAGCAUGUUUUUAUAAACUCUGCCACUCAUGUUAGCAGCAAAAAAGUACAGAAACCAAUAAAUUCAAAUGCCACUGCACAAUAAUCAUGACUAUUAAAAAACUGCAUUAAAUUUUUGCAAAGUAAUGCAAUAGGUCCCACACUGAUGACAUCAGAACAAACAAACCUAUGGUCUUUUCUAAAUAGUGCCAAGAAACAUAGGUGACAUUCUCAAAUAAAAGAAACACUUUUCCAUUUUCUUUGUGUAAAUGUAGCAUGUAGAAUCCGUUUGGAAACAUCAAUUGAUGCAGGAAUGAAUUUUUUUUGUUAGGUGAACACAGAGCUUGCCUUACUCUCACCAAUGACAUAAAUGCCUAAUUAUUAUUUUUUUAUUUGUUGAUAUUAAGGAGCGUGAUGUCAUCAUACUCCACAUUUAAGUAAAACACAAAGAUAUCUAAGAAUGCCGCAAGAGUCAGAAUGUAAAUCUGUGUUUAUAAUUUUAUGGAUGUAUGUAACAAACAUGUAGCAUACUUUGUUUUACCUUGUGGUUAAUUACAUUGCAUUUACACUUUUAAUAAAUUAUAUUUAG